ACAAUAAGAACCGAUAAUGGUUAUUAGCGCCAACAAUUUACGCAGCCAACUAAUGGCUUUGGUCAACUUUUCCGGCACCCACAAAGAACAGACCGACCGGUAUCGUCAAUUAUUGGAAAUGGUAUUGACCAAUACCGGCAAUGACCUGGUCGAUACAUUAAAAUUAUUUGUUGAAGCAAUUGUUAACGAACAUGUUAGUCUGGUCAUAUCACGUCAGAUAUUGAAUGACGUUGGCAUACAAUUAAGUAAGCUGCCCGAUGAUGUUUCCAAAGUUGUGUCGCAUUUUACCUUGGACAAGGUACAACCUCGAGUAAUCUCUUUUGAAGAACAAGUUGCUGGCAUUCGUCAGCAUUUAGCGGAUAUAUAUGAACGUAACCAUCAAUGGCGUGACGCUGCCAAUGUCCUAGUCGGUAUACCAUUGGAGACCGGGCAGAAACAGUAUACAGUGGACUAUAAGUUGGAGACCUAUUUGAAGAUAGCACGUCUCUUUUUGGAGGAGAACGAUUCAGCACAAGCUGAGUUUUUCAUAAACCGUGCGUCUUUAUAUCAGGCUGAGACACAUAGUGAAGAGUUACAGGUCAUGUACAAAGUUUGCUAUGCUCGUGUCCUUGACUAUCGUCGCAAGUUUAUUGAAGCUGCCCAACGUUACAACGAACUCUCCUACCGUACAAUUGUCGAUGAGGGUGAACGGAUGACUGCACUGAAAAAAGCUCUCAUUUGUACUGUGCUGGCUUCUGCAGGACAACAACGUUCCCGUAUGUUAGCCACUCUUUUCAAAGACGAACGCUGCCAACAACUGCCUGCCUAUUCGAUUCUGGAGAAAAUGUACUUGGAUCGCAUUAUACGUCGUUCCGAGUUACAGGAAUUCGAAGCAUUAUUACAACCGCAUCAAAAGGCGGCAACCGUUGACGGGUCAUCGAUUUUAGAUCGUGCUGUUUUCGAGCAUAAUCUCUUGUCGGCAAGUAAGCUGUAUAACAACAUAACGUUUGUAGAAUUGGGAGCUCUGCUAGAAAUACCCGCAUCUAAGGCUGAAAAUAUUGCUUCGCAAAUGAUAACUGAGGGUCGUAUGAAUGGGCACAUCGAUCAAAUCAGCGGUAUUGUUCAUUUUGAAAAACGUGAAGUAUUACCAUUGUGGGAUCGUCAGAUACAAUCGCUGUGCUAUCAGGUCAACUCAAUUAUAGAAAAAAUUGCUGCAGCAGAACCGGAUUGGAUGGCUCAUACUUUGGAUGAAGUUAAUUCGUAAACGAAAU